GGAGUAUUAAGAUGGAAUAUUUGUUGUCAAGAAUAUGUUUCUCAGUACAGCAAACUUAGCAACAACAACAACAACAACAACAGCUGGACUAUCUAUGGUUGAGAUGAAUGAAACUGACUCCAUGAAGACCGUGAAAGUAAAUACCACCGAAGGAACUUUUCAAAAGCAAGUGCAUACCACCAUAAUGGGCUGGAUCCUGUGCUUUGUGUCGUUUCUGAUCAUCUCCACCAACCUCCUGGUGGCUAUCUCCCUGGUGAUCCUGAUCCGAAAGCGGGGCUGUCGUAGCUGGUGUUUCGUCCUCAACCUUGCCCUGGCCGAUAUCCUGGUGGGCUUGGCCAUCACCGUCCUUGCCGAUGAUGGACUUCAUCGCGAGUCCCCGAUGCAAAAAACAGACUGUCUCCUCCGCAUGGCCUUUAUUACUUGCCCGUCGACCGCCUCCGUCCUCACCAUGUUCCUCAUCUCACUGGACCGGUACUUGGCCAUCAAGCUGCCCCUGCGCUACGCACGCAUCUCUGGCAAGUGGCCAACUGCUGGUUCCCUAGUGCUCGUCUGGGCUCUGUCGCUGGUGAUGGGCUUCCUGCCCUGCCUGGUGAGACAGAUGCAGUCGGACGGGUACAGUGGCACGUGCACUUUCUUCUCCGCCAUCAACCCACGCAGCAUCAUGUUCAUCUUAAGCGGCUGCUUCUUCCCUCUGCUGGGCAUCUUCCUCUACUUCUACAUGGACAUCCUCAAGAUCGCCUGCGGGCACCAGCGGCAGAUCAGGCAGGCCCGCAAGGCUGGUACACGCCACUGCCAACCCAGCCGCUACUGGGGCCAUGUCAAGGCCCUGCGGACCGUGGCGCUGCUGGUGGGAUGCUUCACCCUCUCCUGGUGCCCCUUCUUCACGGUCAGUGUGGUCCAGUUGCUGUGCUCCAACUGCAGGCUCUACCACUUCCUGGAGAACCAUCUGUGGCUGCUGGGGCUUUCUAACUCCCUGAUUAACCCCCUCGUUUAUGCCUGCUGGCAGAGGGAGGUCAGGCAGCAGAUCUGCACCAUAUUUGCCCACCUCAAGGGCAAUGCCCGCUGCUGGGCCAGUACCGACUCUGUGAAUGGGUGCCACUCAGACAGACCUGUGCCAGUGCGGACGUCUUUGCCCACAGAUCCUCUCAGUGUGCCACUCACUUUGCUCACAAUCCAGGAGCCUAUUGCUGUUGCUAUGCCCUUAGCCCAGUCAGUGGUUUCCGAUGCAUGCUAAAGGUUGCUUGUCAUUUGGACCAUAUAAUUAUGAUGAAACUGCUAAAGUUCCUGUUUCCCAUCGGCAGAAAAAACUCUCAGAUUCGUGGAAACAGCAGUGAAAUUGAACACAAAUGAAUUGGUUAAUGGAUUGAGGGGCUUAGAAUGCUUUUUGAUUACUUUAAAGAAACGCCCAUGUCAUGGAACAGAUGGGUCUGUUUGCUCUUUUGUUUUUGCUCUGUUUCCUCCACUCUCCCUC